AUGGACGAGGGCGAGCCGGUCGUCCGACCGACCGCGCCCGCGGUAUCCGCCAAGGCGUCGCACAUCGCGUCCCUGACCAACGAGGCCGAGCUCGACGCCCUCAUCGACCUGCUCCCGCCGAGGGUCCGAGGCGCGCUCGCGACGCACCAACGGAAGCUCCAGCUUCUCGAGGUCGUGCUCGAUCUCGGCAGGCUACCCAUCGCGCGGUUCGCGGACGGCGACGAGAUCCUCGGCGACGGUCUUCCCCUCGACUACGACGACAUCGAACGAGCCAUGGACACCGUCGGGGAGGUUGGCGGCGAUAACCGCGCGGGCAUCAACAGGACGCUGCACCGCAUCUCCGUCAUUCGUAACCGCAAGGGCGGCGUCGUGGGCCUCACCGCACGCGUGGGACGCGCCAUCGAGGGCAGCGCGGAUCUGGUCCGGGACCUGCUCGCCUCGGGCGCGUCGGUGCUCCUCUUGGGUCGGCCGGGCGUGGGGAAGACGACGGCGAUUCGAGAGAUCUCGCGCAUCCUCUCCGAGGAGUACGGCAGGCGCGUGGUGGUGGUGGACACCAGCAACGAGAUUGGGGGCGACGGAGACAUUCCUCACCCCGGGAUCGGCGGGUCCAGGCGGAUGCAGGUGCCCGUGCCGGACAGGCAGCACGACGUGUUGAUCGAGGCUGUGCAGAACCACACGCCGCAGGUUGUCAUCGUGGACGAGAUCGGGACGGAGCUGGAGGCCAAGGCGGCGAGGACCAUCUCCCAGCGCGGGGUGCAGAUGAUCGCCACCGCUCACGGUCACACGCUCGAGAACCUGCUGAAGAACCCGCUUUUAAACGACCUGGUGGGCGGGGUCGUGAGCGUGACUCUGGGCGACGACGAGGCUCGGCGCCGGCGGGUGCAAAAGUCGGUGUUGGAGCGCGAGGGUCCGCCCACGUUCGGCGCCGCCGUCGAGAUGGUUGACAUCGGGCACUGGAGAGUCCACCUGGACGUGGGCGUGGCGGUCGACACUCUUCUCGCCGGGUACGCGCCGCACGUGGAGCUCAGGACGCUCGACGCGGAUACGGGCGCGGUUCGAGUGCAGCCCUACCUCGGCGGCGGGGAGAUCCAGAAUGGCGGUUCUUACGCCGCCAUGUUCGGAGCCGGCGGAGCGGUGAGCGGGGGCGUGGGUUUCGGCGCGAGCGUAGACAACACUCUCGGGUCGGGCGGUCCGUCGUUCUGGGGGGACGUGUCCGCUUCGGGGUUCUCGUUCCCCAAGGCUGCGCCGACGGGGAGGUCCACCGCGACGGACGACCCGGACGACCAGUCCGUGUUUCGCAUCUAUCCGCACGAGCUCGACUGCGACGUGCUGGAGGAGGUCAUCGCGUCGUUGGAGCUCGAGGACCGGGUAGUGCUGACGGACCAGCUGGAGGACGCGUCCGCGGUUCUCGCGGUCAAGGCUCGGGUGAAGGGCGCCACGUGGCUCAGGCACGCCGCCAGGGCGAGGGGUAUGCCGAUAUACGCCCUCAAGGUUGAGGGCAUGCCGCAGCUGGCUCGGGCCAUGCAGGCCAUGCUCGGGCUGAACGGCCUGAACAAGUCCACCGACGACCGAGACGCCGCCGCGGCGGAUGCAUCGAUGGCCGACGCCGCCGCGGCGGCCGCCGCGCGGGGAACGGGCCGCGACGUCUCCUCGGUCACGCCCGCGGACGAGAUCGACGCUCUGGAGGAGGUUCGCAUGGCGGUCGAGCAGCUGGUGAUUCCGCACCAGGAGCCCGUCGAGCUGCUGCCUCGGGACGAGAGGCUGCUCAAAAUGCAGGCGGAUCUCAUCACGGACGAGUACAGGCUUCAGUACGAGGAGUGCGGCGAGGGAAGCUCGAGGCGGAUCAAGAUCCUGCACACCUACGUCGGUAGUUGA